GCCGGAUGUUCUGUGAGAAGACAGGAACAACAAAGAAGAGAAAGUGCCCGGGUUUUAAACAUACUAGAGAACCCAUCUGAACACAAAAUCAAGGAAAUUAACCAUUGUUCACAGUAGGGCAAAAAGAAUUUGGUUUGCAUGUGAGGACAAGUGUCUGCCGAGCCAACCAUGGCAAACAAUGCAGAGGAUAUUGAACACAAUAUGGACCAACAGGAGACCAAUGUGGCCCCUGAACCCACCCAGCAGCCACAGGAGGCUGCAGUGACCAGAGCAAGGUCCAGAGGAGGCUCAGGAGCUGGAGGAGGCGAUGGCGGAGGUGGAAACGGUAGUGGGCCAGAGCAGAACGGACAGCCCCCCGCCACUCGUCCUCCACGUGUGGUGGAGACUGAGGAGGACGAGGACGAAGAGUUGACCUUGAAAUACGGGGCCAAGCACGUCAUCAUGCUGUUUGUUCCCGUGACCCUCUGCAUGGUUGUUGUUGUGGCAACCAUAAAAUCUGUCAGCUUCUACACCCAGAAUGAUGGCCAGAGAUUGAUCUACACACCGUUCCCUGAAGACACAGACACAGUAGCACAGAGAGCCCUGAACUCCAUCCUGAACGCCACCAUCAUGAUCACUGUGAUCAUCGUCAUGACUCUGGUGCUGGUGCUGUUAUACAAGUACCGCUGCUACAAGGUGAUCCAAGGCUGGCUCUUCCUCUCCUCCCUCCUUCUGCUAUUCUUCUUCUCCUACAUCUACCUCAAAGAGGUUUUCAAGACCUACAACGUGGCCAUGGACUAUUUCACCCUAGCGAUAAUAAUUUGGAACUUUGGAGUGGUGGGCAUGAUGUGUAUUCACUGGAAAGGACCGCUGCGGCUCCAGCAGGCCUACCUCAUCAUGAUCAGCGCCCUCAUGGCCCUGGUUUUCAUCAAGUACCUGCCAGAGUGGACCGCCUGGCUCAUAUUAGCAGUCAUAUCUGUCUACGAUCUGUUAGCGGUGCUCUGUCCCAAAGGGCCUCUGAGGAUCCUGGUGGAGACGGCUCAGGAGAGGAACGAACCCAUCUUUCCAGCUCUCAUCUACUCUUCUACAAUGGUGUGGCUCGUCAACAUGGCCGACACCGACAGGCCGAAAAGGAACUCGACAGAAGCAGCAUCCCCUCAACAAGGAGCUCAAGAGGCCGUGGCGUCCCCGGCUCCCUCUAGUCCAUCGCAGGACGACGGAGGCUUCACCUCCUCCUGGGUCAGCCAGCAGGAGCACCAGCUGGGGGCACUUCAUUCCACUGAAAGCACCAGGCGGGAGAUCCAGGAGAUGCCCUCCGCCCGUCCUCCCGUUGAAGACGACGAUGAGGAGAGGGGCGUCAAGCUUGGUCUCGGAGACUUCAUCUUCUACAGCAUGCUGGUGGGAAAGGCCUCGGCCACAGCGAGCGGCGACUGGAACACCACGCUCGCCUGCUUCGUAGCCAUCCUCAUCGGUCUCUGUCUGACUCUUCUCCUGCUCGCCAUCUUCAAGAAAGCGCUCCCCGCUCUGCCCAUCUCCAUCUUCUUUGGCCUUGUCUUCUACUUCGCCACAGACAACCUGGUGCAGCCCUUCAUGGACAAGCUGGCGCUACACCAGUUCUACAUAUAGCAGGACGCUGCCCUGAUAGCCCUCACCCGCGUAGCCCUCCGGCCAACAACAUGAGAGCGGCCCCUUCCCAGCCGGGGAAGAAAGGGCGAUGCCGGGGCCCCUCCCGCCCCCGCAUCCCCUCCUCAGAACCCACGAUGACGGGACACAAGUUGUUUAUGUUCUGCCUUUCUUUUCCGGCGCCGUGGAGGGUAUUCCCCACGACAGCUGUUCUUAAAUGUUUUAGUUCUGUUUUUAAACCGGACAUUUCUCGCUCGACUUGGGACCUCGUCUUCAAAUUGUCGAUCGCCGGUCUCAGGCUCACCCCAAUCUAAGAGAAAUUGAUGGGAAUAUUUUACCGUUAUUUAUCCAGGGAGGCUUUAAGAGCUCGUCUGCUCGUUUCCAGCAGCGCCCUGCUUCACAUCACGCACAUUUCACCUGGGAGCUGCCCAGUACGACCAGUCUUCUACAGCUGGGGCUUUACAGUAGGUGCCUUGCUCAGGGACACCUCGGCGGUAGCUGUUGAGCAAAGGGAGGCGGUUUCUUUAAAUCUCCCUUAAAAGACUUUGGUGUUAAUUUUUCCGACUUGUGAGCUGCCACGGCCCCCAAACGAAACCCGACGUUAAACAAAGCCUUCAUCAAACGAACGGACACUCUGUGCUGAUGUUGAUAAUAGAUUGGUAAAUGUGUAGUUUGAUUGUGUUUGAGCUGUGAGUCACCAGACGUGCUUUCCUCACCGCCAUUAGAAAUGGUUAAGACGUUGGUUUUCUUUUUUCCACUUUAAACACAGAAACCACCAAAGCUCUGAGGCCGGAGCGAUGUACACCCCAAUAGAUUUACACUGAGCGGGAUGUUUCUCACGGGGGGAAAAGUGGAAGAAUUCACUGUUUCUAGAAUUAAAACAUGAGUAUUAUUGUGACGCUGACUCAUCAGAGAUUUCGCCAUGUUUUCUGCCCUUAAUCUUGACCUUAAAUCACAUUUGAAUUCAAAGCCUGCAGAGGGAGGAAAGUUCACACCCACACUCACACCUGAGACUUGCCUGCCAUGUCGGUCAUGUACUGUCAGCCACUGAGCAGUUCUGCUGGAGCAGUCGGAGGUUCAGUGCCUUGCUCAAGGGCAUUUCAGUAGUAGUCGUCGUUAUUGUUAUUGUGGGACAGAAAUGUGCUUUUCGUUCUCUUCCCUGACUGAAAUUUGAUUUAGCUUUUUUUUUUUUUCCCCUCAACCUGUCCAGGGAUUGUAACCUGUGAUCAUCUGGUCACAAACUCUGAACCUUUAGGCUACAGCUGCCCUCAUGACGCUCGCCUGGUGCUGUCUGGAACUAUGCUACAUCAAAUUAUUUCGAUUAUACACAGAUACUGUUUUUUUUUUUUUUUUUCAAGAUAUGCAGAAGAGAAACUUUGUACUUUUUGAAAAACGGGGUUAAAUAUUAACAGGGUUCCUACACAGAUCAGGAAAAUCUGGGAAAGCGUGAAAACAAAGAAAACUUAUGGCAGAAAUUCUGUGCAUGUAUUGAGUAAAAGAAUGCAGAAUGCUGAUGAAUGAGGGAGUUGUAGACUUAGUUUAAUUUGAUACUUGAAUUUGUGAAGAUUUUUGGAAAACAACCUCCUGUUAUUUAGCAUUAUUUGCUUAACUGGCUAAUUUAAUCAAGUUAAAAAAGAAACCAAAAAGUUUAAAUCAAGGUGAAAUAUUGAGAUGUGUAUGAACCCAAACUUUGUGGCUUCUCAUAUAUGAGAUAAUGCUGACUGAUAGAGGAGGACGAGCUGCACUGAUUGCUCGUUUUUUAGUUGCACUCAAGUUUCAUGCUUGCAGAGAAGAAACUAAGAGGGAACAAUGUAGUAAUUUGUUCUGAAUCUGUGUUUUUUUUUUCCUUCCCUUUUUGUUUUUAGGGAAUAUGUUGGGUGACUGGCUUUUUUUCUGUCCUUCACAUGCAUAUGUGUGUUAUGCAAGG